AAGUGACUUACAGUUUAUUUCACGCAUAAAAUAAAAGUCAUUUAUUGCGAAUUAAAAAUAUUUAGAUUUUUUAUUAAUGUGGCAUCUGGUUAGUUUUUUAAGGUUUACCAAACUUUUAGUUUGACAAAUCACUUGUGUCCUGCUCUUUUGUUAUAUAUUCUAAAUGAACUAUUGCAAUUCUUAGAUAAGGCUCAUAGGGCCGCUGUUGAUCAACGCAACGCAGUCAGUCAGUCAGUCAGACAGACAUACCCACAAAAUGCAGUGAUGUCAGAGAACAGUGAAAUAAAGCCUGAUGACUAGAAAUAAUAAUUCUGACGGAUGUACUGUUGAUGGAUAUCCUGGUCUUAUUGUAGAUUUCAUGUUGGGGUCGAACUUUCACGUGUAACAUCAUUUUGUAAUAAAACCGACCGAUCUUAAGGAUCUGAAGAACGACGGAAAAUGGCCAGCUCUGUAAUGUGGCACCAGGCAGUGUUUCUUAUGGUCCUGUUUCGAUACUCGGUGAGAGGGCAGAUCAGCUAUUCCAUUCCAGAAGAAAUGCCAAAAGGGUCGAUCGUUGGAAAUAUUUCUCAAGGCUUGGGUUUGGAUUUAAAAAAACUGAAGUCGGGUAAGGCGCGCAUAUUUGCUGGAGACAACACCGAAUACCCAAUAAAAAUAAUGAUAUGGGGGGUACUUCUCACCAAGCAGAAAAUAGACCGCGAGGCUCUUUGUGCUAAAACGACUCCUUGCGCUUUACACCUUCAGCUGAUUUUGGAAAAUCCAAUGGAAUGGUAUGAUGUCACAGUGGAAAUCAUCGACAUAAAUGAUAAUGCUCCGAGUUUUCCAAAAGGUGAGAUUACAUUUGAAAUAAGCGAGUCUGCUAUAUCCGGAGCAAGAUUCAUGUUGGAAAAUGCGAUUGAUCUGGAUGUUGGAUCUAAUAGUCAUCUGAGUUAUUCACUGAAACCGACAGAUAAUUUUGUAUUAAGUUUGCAAAGUCAAGCAGAUGGCGACAGAAACAUGGAGAUGGUGCUUCAAAAGCCUCUAGACCGUGAAAACAAAGAACAGUUAUCUUUGUUAUUAACGGCAGUAGAUGGAGGUGAGCCUCAGCUGACCAGCACUGUGCAAAUACAUAUUACUGUGCUAGAUGCUAACGACAAUCCACCCCUGUUUAGUCAGAGGGUGUACAAAGCCACUCUACCUGAAAAUACACCUAGAGACACUGUUAUCACAUCCGUCAGCGCUUCUGAUGCUGAUGAAGGCUCGAAUGCGAUUAUAAAAUAUUACAUGUCGAGCACUGGAGAUGUAAACGAUUUAUUCAUGGUUGAUGCACAAAGCGGGGAAAUAACCUUAAAAGGCUCAGCUGACUUUGAAAAGGCAAGUCGUUAUCAAUUUAACAUACAAGCACGCGACCAAGGAGGACUGUCUGAUUCGUGUAAAGUUAUAAUUGAUCUCACUGAUAUAAACGAUAACAAACCAGCAAUAAGCAUCGUAUCUAUGUCAAAUUCAAUAUCAGAGCAGUCUAGGCCUAGCACUGUUGUUGCAAUGCUAAAUGUAAAUGAUCUUGACUCUGGGUUGAAUGGGCAGGUUCACUGCUACAUUAAUGAUAAUAUUCCAUUUGUUAUUGCGUCUUCCAGCAGUUUCUUUAGCUUGCAAACAGAGCAGGAAUUGGACAGAGAGAGAGAAGCUGAGUACAAUAUCAGUGUAAUAUGUACUGAUGAGGGAGUGCCAGCGCUCUCCAGCAAGGUAUCUCUUCGUGUGCAGAUAUCGGAUGUGAAUGACAAUGCUCCUGUCUUUGAGAAAAGUCACUAUGAGGCCUGUGUGCUGGAGAAUAACACACCUGGUCUCUCUAUAUUUAAAGUUAAAGCCAGUGAUGCUGAUUGGAAUCAGAAUGCCCAUGUUUCUUAUAUUCUAGAAGACAGCAUUAUUAACGGAGUCUCUGUCUCAUCAUAUGUGUCAGUUCAUCCUGAAAGCGGACUGAUUACAGCUGUGCGCUCUUUUGACUACGAACAGCUGAAAGAUUUCCACUUCAGGGUAAAAGCGCAAGAUGGAGGCUCUCCUCCGCUCAGCAGUAACGUGACAGUGAAAAUUACUAUUAAAGAUCAGAAUGACAACGCUCCUCAGAUUCUGUACGGUGGGCAGAACGUUUUAGUGGUGGACCCGAAUUUCACUGAGACGAUGCAGCGCGCAAUCAAGAAAACCAGCUCCAUUGACGAUCUCGGCUCUGCAGAAUCGUGCCUCAUCUGA